AGAGAGGAUUAGGCAGGGUUAGAGAGGAUUAGUGUCUGUUUUGGGUUUGGUUGUAAUAUCACAUCCAUGUCAGGCACCACUGGCUGCUGAUUCACUUCGGCUCAGAGUUCACACACUGAAACAUCAAACUGGACAAGAGGAAGAGGAAGAGGAAGGUGUCAGUGAGAUGCUGUCCAGUGUGUUGGAGGACGUUGGUCACGCUGUCUUCAGAAACAUGAAUGGUGCUCAGCUCCUGCAAGAACUCCUGAGUGCACCGUGGCUCCGAGCCCUGCUGAAGAUGUACGAGUGCCUGUUGCAGUUCCAGAGGUUGACACCCAGCCCCUUUCUGCCUUAUGCCUCAGGACUCUCACACGAGAUCAUGACUACAAUACAGAAGGUCCACCGUCCCUCAGCUGAAGCUCGAGAGCUCUACAGCCUCCUCAGCUCGCCACACAUCCAGGCCCUCCUAUCAUCCCACGACAGUGUAGCCCAGUCAGACUAUGGACCUGUUUUACCCCCUCUGCCUGACGAGAUGCCCGAGGAUGAGGAGGCCAUGAGGAUUGUAUGUCUGGUGAAGAACAACCAGCCACUGGGGGCGACUAUAAGGAGGGACGAGGAGACGGGAGAAAUCUACAUCGCCAGGGUGAUUCAUGGAGGACUGGCCGACCGCAGCGGACUCCUCCAUCCUGGUGAUCUGUUAGUGGAGGUGAACGGAAAACCUGUGGUGGGCAUGGAGCCGGAGCAGGUCAUCCAGAUACUGAUCAAUUCCCAGGGAACGAUCCUGUUUAAAGUCAUCCCAAAUUCAUCUCAGAGCAGCGGCAGCCAGAAAUCGGUGUUUAUGAAGGCAUUGGUGGACUACUGCCCCCUGCAGGACGCCUCCAUCCCCUGUCCAAAUGCAGGCAUAGCGUUCAGCAGAGGAGACCUGCUGGAGGUGGUCGACCAGUCGGACGGGCAGUGGUGGCAGGCCAGGAAGCUGCCCUGCGCUGCGUCCUGCGCUGGUCUGAUUCCGUCUGCCAGCAUGCUGAAGAGUAAACAGAGGGAACAGUGGUGGUGUCAGCCGUUACAGGUUCAUACCUGCAUCAGACCCUUGAGCCGGGCUGAUAACGAGGACGAAGGAACCCUGGCUGAUGACAAACGCAUCUUAACAGAGCUGGAAGAAAUACAUUUUGAUGAGGCCGACUGUGACGUUACUGAUGGAAUCUACCUGGCUGGUUUCCGUCGGAGUUUCCGUCUCUGGAGGAGGACAUCCUACAGGAGGAGGCGACAGUCCUGCACCUCCUGCUCACCCAACAGCAACGCUCUGGCCACCCCCUACGAGGAAGUGGCUUUGUACCAGCGCCCCCCGCAGGAGAACCACCGCCUCAUCAUCCUCAGCGGAGCUUCAGGAGUUGGAGUUAACGAACUGAGGAAAAGACUCAUCAAGCUGAACCCUUCGACCUUCCAGGGACCCGUACCUCACACCACUCGUCCAAUCAGAGCAGGGGAGCAGACAGGAAGAGAGUACCACUUUGUCACCAAAGAGCUGUUUGAGUACAUGGUCUGCAACCACAGGUUUGUGGAGUACGGGGAGUAUAAGGGUCACCUGUACGGGACCAGCACUGAUGCUAUCGAUGAGGUGCUGAAACGAGGACGGAUGUGCAUCAUCGACAUUGAACCACAUAGCAUCCAGCCGCUGCGGACGUGGAAACUGAAGCCCUACGUGAUCUUCAUCAAAGCCCCCGGCCCAGAACGACUGAGACAAACUCGGAGAGACGCCCGAAUCAUCACCAGCUACGCCGUCAACAGAUCGUUCACGGAGGACGACUUUGUGGAGCUGGAGGAGGCGUCCCUGCUGAUGGAGGCAAAGUACAAACAGUUUUUUGACUGCAUGCUGGUGAACGACGACCUGCAGGACACCUGCAUCCAGCUCUGCUCCAUCAUCCAGGAGGCUCAGGACGAACCACAGUGGAUCCCCGUCAGCUGGAGCCGGACGGAGGAGUGAGGCAGGAGAGGAGGAGAAGAUGGAAGAAGAAGACUAAACGUGUUGGACAGGAACACAAAGAGGACGGAGAAGGGGACGAGUUGGAAGAUGAAAUGGGAGAAAGAGAAAAUAUCUGGAGACAAAUGAAGAAGAAGGAAGUUAUGACAUGAUGCAGAGGAGGAGAGGGAAAGUUUUUCGUCUUUCUCUUUUGAAUUUGCACCAAAACUCUUAAAUAGUCUGAGGUUUAAGUUAGUUUGCACAAAUAUGGAGGACGAAUUUAUCCUUGUUGGUUGAGUUAAAGAUCAGGGAGGACUCAGAAAAGCACUCGCAAACCGAAUGACAAAGGCAGAAAAGUGUGAAGACCGUCACAGGGUUUUUCCUGGCUCAGAAUGAGCCUUUGGGAAGUGACGAGUAGGCAUGAUCAGUUCGCGUACAGUAAGGGCAACGAGUUACCAAAAUCUCUGCAUUUCCUUGUUAUUUCUAUAUUUGAUAAACAAAAUAUACCCACAACCCGGAGGAGUAAAAGGUAUAAGUUAGCGUAUUAAUAAAUAUUACAACAUUAAAUAGAAAGUUAGUUAGUAUAACAGGUUACACUUUAUUUGGAGAAUCUGACUACAGAUAGUUUAUUAGUUGAGAUUCAGCUGUUUCACUAAUAAAACCAUUUUCUGAUAUCAGCCCACACAAAGAGUAAAAUGUGCCGGCCACACUUUAAGUACAAACGGCUUCAAUAUUGUGAGAAAUCACGGGAGGUCAUCUCUACCAUAAGUGGAUGAGGGGAGAGGAGACUGCUGGGAAGACAAGACAAGUCGUAUUUAAGUUUAUGUUCUGCUUGCUCAACAGUUGUUUGAUACAUGGUUAUUAAAACACAUUUGGAGAGAACAUGAAAUGCUUUUUUUUUUCAAUUCUGAUUAUUUUGGCGCUGGUGAUUUCCCUCUUUGGGGGGCGCCGAAAAUUCCUUUAUGCAGGAAAAACCCUGCCUUCAUAUUCAUUCUCAAUGUUAUCAACUUUCUUUAAAUAUCGAAACCAAGACCAAGGCUAAAACAAGCCCUGUCAUCUGACUCUUGUCUCACUGUUCAAGUAGACAAGCCUCCAUUACUGCUCCUAUAACACUGUGAUAUAUGCGAAGGAUUCUUGAAGCGCUUUUGUUGGAAAACAAGUCAUCAAUGCCAUUAAAAAACAGCUCCUAAUCUAUAAAACUUUUCAAUGAAUCUGUGGACCAGUUUGAACUGAGGGCUACACGUCUUUUCUGUUCUGUUAUCAGCUGCCGAACCAACUUGUUCUCACUCCCAAGCCACCACCUAUGGACACACGGUCAAGACCCCUUGUAACGCACUGGGAAACCCUUUGGCUUUGACCGCUAACAGUAGGAUAUAAACAACAGAAAUGAGGCGGUUUGCAGUGGACGGGUGGGUCAGGUGAACCAAAAAGUUAAUAUUGAAGUCAGGUAAGUAAUAAUUUUAACCCAAACCAGGCUCUUUUCCUAAACCUAACCAAACAUUAACCACUAGUUUUAUUUUGAAAGUGUAACCGGACGUAGCAUAUUUAUUCUUGCUAACUUGACCGUGGAACCCUACACGUGCUGAAUGGUACCCAGGGCAUUAAAAAGCAACGCCAAGGGGUGUUGACCAAGCGUCCAUAUGUUGAGAAAAAAUCACUCUGAAACUCCGUAAAGCCCAGAUUUCCAUCCAGCUAACAGUUUUCAGUAGGUUCAUCACUACCAGAGACAUCACUAUAAAAAUAUCCAUCCAGCACGUGAUUACAGUAAAUGUACUUUACU